GAGCCGGUUCAGCUGACGGCAUCGCUACACGACGCUCGUGUCUCCAGUGAGACAGUGUGUGUUGACAUUGCUCAAUUCCCCGGGGCGAAGGAGGGUGAUGUUGCUGAGCUGGAAGUGCCCAAUAGUAAGAAGAAGCUGUUGUUCACGGUGAAGCCGUUCAACGAUGAGCUCUCAAGAAGGUCCAAAACUACACAGCUGUCCUUGAUAUCGGGCCCCUUGCAGCACAUGCUGUCGCUGAGCACCAGACAGCAAGUCACUGUGACAUUGAGGGACACUGUUGCUGUUGAGGCAGACCUGGUGGAGUUGAUGAUUAGGGACGUUCACAUGUCGAGGGGAGACAUGUGGGUCCUCUCAUCCACGCUGGUUGGCUCCUGUGUCUAUGCCAAUCAGAAGGUGACCUUUGUGGAGUCGAUCAGGGCCAAUGUCUCAGCUAUCUACAGAAUGGGCAAGAAGGUGUUCUCCGCGUACAUUAGUGAAAACACCAAAUUCGUGUUUCGUUCUGAGUCUGCGAGGUUGGUGUUUCUCAUCCAAAUCACGGAGGAAAUGUACCAUUUCCAGGAAGAUGGUGAGAUCAUGUUCCACAAGAUCGUGAACUCGUUAUUCCCAACAAUCUUCAAAAGGUGGAGAGACGAGGGCACUCAUCAUCUCAUAACAAUUGUCUUUGCAGCCAAUUUGGACUAUUCAGAGAACAGCUGGACUGAGCUCAAAGAAGGACAAAGACCGACAAAUACUCGAGACUUCUACAGAGUUGUUGUUGACCAGGUGAAUAUCGUCCACUGGAACGAAAUCAUGAUCUCGCUUCGUUAUGAAUUUGUCAAUUUCAGAAAGGAUAUCAUGAGGCAUCAGCUCAAAACAGGUGAGAAGCCUUCGCAUAGGUUCCUUCCAACGAUAAAGUCCGACAUACUGAACACAAUAAACCUAUCAACAACACUCGUUGUUGACAGGUUUAGUGACCCGGAUUUGAGACAUACAACAACUCAUUUCAUUGUCAUCUCUGCUGGUAACGGACUGUUCGAUGUUCAAUACGAUGAUCUCUUAGAUACGGGUAAAAGGCUCCUGAACUCUGAGCUCUCCGUUGACAUCAUAUGUCUCGCACAACCACCACUACACGUUUCGCCUCUGUUUAGAUAUAGAGAUAGGAUCGGUGCACUCCAUCAUUGUGUUCCCGGGUGGAUUGAUGCCUCAUAUUGGAGUGAAGAACACUCCAGACAACUCCAGUGGCAUCCUCGCUGUAAGAUCUACGAACUACAAAUGAUGGGUGUGAUGGAGAAUGAAUUGAGUGCUGUCAGUGUGGAACAAUUGAACCUUGAUCCUCUGUCUUCCGUAUCUGAGAUGAUGGAUGAUUACGACAAGGGUGUUUUCAGUGCAGAUGUCUCAAGAGAAGCCCACAAACAACUAUUGUUCUCAGCAGUGACGCCUCAUCGUCCCACGAAGAAGAAGAGCAGUCUAUUGUGGAAGGUCUCUACAAACUCCCCUGUGGCUGAAGCUGAUGUUACAACAACAGAACCGGUGUUCACGCUUCCUGAAAGUGCUAUAUCGUCACUGAGACAAUUGAGCUCUACCUCUAAUGAUCGCUCAUUCAUAUCAAGGAAAUCUAGUGACGCACAAUCAACCACUUCUUCAACAUCCACAGGUGUGGUAUCUAGGCCUACUGUUUCACGUGCAAAGACUUCAAGAUUGCUGGCAUCCACAACCCCAACCCAGAGAGAGAAAAUCACAUCGGUAGACUCUCUCAAGUCUGUCAUGUGGACUGAAAUCGAUAACCCUUCGAAGCAACUAUCCAAAGAUCAGUUGAAGUCAUUGAGUGUUGGUAAAUGGCAAGAUGUCUUCCCAAAAUUGGUCAAGAGAAGGUCUAUCAAAUGGAGAUCACUUUCAUCGCCUUCAGAAUUGCCAAUCACGACACCGUUGUUUCCUACAUUGGAUGACUUUGAAACAAAUUUCUCUUUCCAAACACACAACGUAUCUCUGAGUGCUGAACAUGAGAGAUAUAUGACCAUGUCGGAUCUGAUGAGAGAAAUGAUAUACUUGAGGCUGAUGCUGGGAUUCCAGGUGUGUUAUGGGCAUAACGUGGAGAAAGUGGAAAGCAAGACUCAAACUGAAGGAAGUAGUUCCACAUUGCUCAAGUACAUAGAGCCAGGACAGAAUAUCGUGGGUUCGAAAAUUGUAAUGUCAAUGGACGAGGAAAUACACCGAAUCUCUUGUGAUUACGAUGGGUACAUCACCGUGCAAAGAUAUACCAGGAAGCACUUAGAAGACUUUUUCAUCAAUGGUUUCAACAGGGUGAUGAUCAAAACAAGAUAUCAAAACAAUUUCCAUCCUUACGAUCCUGAUCCUAUGGUUGUUAAGCCAAGAACAUUCAAGUGGAACCUCUUUGAUCAAAGAUUGGCAGGCUUUGAAGAAGAUGAAGAGGCUGGUAGGUUCAAAAAGUGCCUGAACAGGAUCAAAUUUGUUCUUCUACCUGCGGACUUACCAAAGAGUACCUAUUUAACCUCAAAUGACAAACAAGACCAGUUAACACCAGAGGAAACACGUGUUGAAGGUCUUCGUCGUUUGAUUACUGCUCUACACCGUGGAACCUUUUCACCCGAUGGUCGUUCCAAGAAGUCCCGUAAAGAAGAAAUUUUCCCUGAGAUCAACUUCUAUACCGGUGAUCUAAUCACAUUCCUAAGCGAACAAGGGGAUGAAGAGACCGUUAAACUUGGUGGCAGAGAUACAACUACGAAUAAUGAGAUUACUAAAAAUAUCACACUUGAUGACCUCUCAAAGAUACUUCAGGGUCCUAGUGGAGUGAAACUUAUUGAUCGUAAGUGGCACUGGAAAGUCCAUAAAAAGUGUUUCAGAGGUGUUGAACUUGUCAAUUGGCUUUUGGAUAACUUUGAUGAUAUCACUACAAGGGAUGAGGCAGUUGCGUAUGGCAAUGAACUGAUGCAAGAGGGGCUUUUCGUCCAUGUUGAGAACCGUCACAAGUUUUUAGAUGGCCACUACUUUUACCGUAUUUCUUACGAGAGUAAGGGACCAGACGAAGGUGAAGUGAAUCCAAGUAAUAGUUCACUUGAUUCUAAAAGGACCCCAACCAUUCAUCCCGAAGCAACUCGCGAAGGCACUGAUUCACCUUCUAAGAAGAAGAAGAAAAGAUUUGUCCUCAGUCGUUCUUUGAAGUACGACCUUGACCCUUCAAGAAUCUCCUAUAGAAGAGAAGUCAUGACAGUCCACUACGAUACUGUUCAUAAUCCAAACCACUGCUUCCACAUUCGACUGGAAUGGCUAACAACCACGCCAAAGCUUAUUGAAGAUACUGUUAAUGGCUGGUUAAGGAUGUGUGAACGUUAUGGUUUAAAACUCGUGGAAACACCAUGGGGAGAGCUUCGUGAACUGCCUCACAUUAACCCAUUCCAUUCAUUUGUGGAGAUCAGACUUGCCAUAAAUCCAUGGGAAGACCCUGAGUUUGCAGACCUUGAGAUCUUGAAGAAGCAGAAAUUCUACUACCACAUCUAUCUCCUGGAGCAUUCCGGCUUCCUCAUGGAUAACAGGGCAUCCAUGUUCUUCAUCAACGAGGAUGACACGUUAGAAGUGCUCUAUUCAUGGGGUAAACCAGUCUUCAAAUAUGCUCAGUACAUUCAUAAGACUGGAGCGUAUAUGGCUGAGAUCCGGGACGAUGGUGAUCUUGUGCUUGCACCUAACAACACCCAUAUCGCACGUGUCAACGUUGGCAACGUUUCAUCUCAACAGCAACCUCCAAACUUUGUGCUGGACUCUCAAAAGAUCAUGCUUGCCUUCAGGGCCACUUGUUUCGAUGCCAAACAAUUACGAAAGAUAUUCUUGAAGGCGAAACUGAACUGG